GGGAUACAAGUGUCACGUAUACCUCACAUUCUAUACCCUAUAAUUAUAUAGCCGUUCUGGCGGGGCUACUCUACAGGCUCUUACAUAAUGCACACUGGUGGUAAGGGGGAAGGGUGCGUGACUUGGCAAAGCGGUAGCACAAAUGUGCCCACUGCCAAACGCGGCCCCGCAACACUGACGGCUGAACUUCCCCGGGACAGGAUCUUCCCACCUGGGGCUCUUUACCUUGUAGCAUAUACUCAGACUGUGCGGCAAGGGGCAAGAAAUAGUAAAGUUUUCAUGGUGAAAAUUGGUGCAAGGUGAGACACGUUAUUAGUAGCUGGGACCUGUUUCAAGACUGCCGAAAUGACCCUGGACGCCGGGCAAGAGCCAGUCGAUGCCGCCCCUCCGCCUCUCCGCCGCCGCCUGUCUGUCUUACCUGUGAUCGUCCCAGCAUCGCACCGCCGCUGACAGGUACCCGUCUCCGUCCGUCCGUCGUGGCAAACUAACUCUGAUUUCGAUAUUCUAACCCGCAGUGUUCUGCAGCAUGCUUUGUCUACGUGUCGGGAGAGGGUGUAGGUUAGUGACUGACAUGCCGCUGCGGGGCGUUAUUCCGUGCGUGACCUCCGCCCAACACAACAGUGCCGCAGGAGUGCCCGCUGAUCCUCGCCGCGCCAUGGCCCGCCCCGCCUCCUCCCAAGCCGACGGCAGACUCCUAGACAACAUCCUGGGAAUGGUGAAGAGGGAGAGAAUGGUCAGCGGAGUGGAUGAAUCGAAGAAAACCGUUGAAUUCAAGCCUCCAGAAGAGUUGAAGAAAAUCCUCCAACUUGACAUCCGGGCGGAGGGACGUUCGCUGCAGGACGUUGAGGAGAUGAUGGAGACGGUGGUGCGCUACAGUGUCAGGACGCAGCACCCGUACUUCUUCAACCAGCUGUACGGCGGCAUCGACGAGGUGGCCCUGGCUAGCGCGUGGCUGUGCGAGGCGCUCAACACCAACCAGCACACGUUCGAGGUGGCUCCCGUGUUCAUACUGGUGGAGCACUUCGUCAUUGCACGUCUUGUGGAGCUUUUCGGGUGGCCGGAGGGCGACGGAAUAUUUUCUCCCGGCGGGAGCAUGAGCAACCUGUACGGGAUGACGCUGGCCAGGUACCGGAAGCACCCCGAGGUGAAGACGCGGGGGAUGACGGGCAUGAAGCCGCUAGUCGCCUUCACUUCAGACCAGAGCCACUACUCCGUCGGGAAGGCGGCGUCCCUGCUGGGCCUGGGCCUGGACAACGUGGUGAAGGUGCAGACUGACGCCACGGGCAGGAUGAUUCCCCAGGCCCUGAAGGAGGCGGUGGCGGCGGCGCGGGCGGGGGGCGGCGAGCCCUUCUUCGUCGGGGCCACCGCCGGGACCACCGUGCUGGGCGCCUUUGACCCUCUGGACGAGCUGGCGGACGUGUGCCGCGACGAAGGGCUAUGGCUGCACUGCGACGCCUGCUGGGGGGGCACCGCCAUCCUGUCCGAGAAGCACCGCCACAACUUGCACGGCAUCGACAGGUGCGACUCCCUGUCCUGGAACCCUCACAAGAUGCUCUGCGCGCCGCUACAGUGCUCGCCCUUCAUCGUGCGCCACAAGGAUAUUCUUCAAGAGUGCAACUCCGCCAACGCCACGUACCUCUUCCAACAAGACAAGUUCUACGACGUGAGCUACGACACGGGCGACAAGAGCUUCCAGUGCGGCCGCAAAAUCGACGCCUUCAAGCUGUACUUCUUGCUGACCUGCCACGGCCUCAAGGAGAUGGAGGAGCGGGUGGACGCCGCCUUCAGUGCCGCAGAGUACUUAUCGGAGCAGGUGUCGCGGCGGCCUGGGUUCCGGCAGGUGCUAGCGACGCCGCAGUGCACCAACGUCUGUUUCUGGUACAUCCCCCCCAGCCUGCGCCAGGAGGAGGAGAGCCCCGAGUGGUGGAACAAGCUGGCGAAGGUGGCGCCGCGUCUGAAGGAGCGGCUGGUGCGCGAUGGCUCCUUCAUGGUGGGGUAUCAGCCGCUGCCGGACAAAGGACUCGUCAACUUCUUCCGUAUGGUAACCAAGUGUAACCCCAAGCCCACGCCGGAGCACAUGGACCACCUUCUGGACGAGAUGGAGAGGCUCGGCGCUGACCUAUGAUUCCACCCUUGACCUCGACCACUAACACAACGGAUUGCCUCGUCUAUGUGAUUGUAUUUUCGUGCGGAUGCCGGCGAGAUGUAUCCGCCCACGACUGUGCUUAUAAAUCGGUGGUCCUUUUUCAUGCGGGAAGUCACUCUCCUUCCUGUCAGGUCAUCCUCCCUUUCUCUGAUCGAGUGUUUAAAGGACUUAUCGAGUGCUUUAAAAUACUUAACGGUUUUACCAAUGUGGAUCCGACCAAGCUGUUUGUGAUGGAUGAUUCGACGCGAACGAGAAACAAUGGCGCUAAACUCAAAUGUAGACACGUUCAUUCAGAUUGCACAAAAUUCUUCACUAAUGCUGUCGUUCGAGAUUGCAACAGAUAACCACCAUCAGUUAAAUAAUAAUCUUGACCGCUAUCUCCUCCAUCUAAAUGUUCACUAGGUCAGUUUCAACGCCAUGGUGGCCGCAUAACAACUGUCACUUAGGUUUAGGACAGACCACCUAGUUUGGGUCUUAGGGCCUGUGUGGUCUGGUUAUCUAUGUAAUUCUAUGUAAUUCUAUUCUUUCUUCCCUUCCCUCCCUUACAUCCUCACUCUCUCCUCCUUCUCCCCUUCCUUGCACUCUAUUACUGACCCUUCCGCCAGUUCAUCCUCCCUCUCUCUUCUCUCUCCCCUUCCCUCCCUUUCGUCCUCCCUUUCUCCUCUCUCCCUUUUCCUCCCUUUCGUGCUCCCUCUCUCCUCUCUCCCUUUCCCUCCACUUCGUUCCUCCCUUGUCUGACUUCCUCCCGCGGUAAAGCAGCCACCGAGUCAUGAGUUUAUGCGUGUUAAGGUUGAUAUAUACUUGCUCGCAGCUGUGCAUUAGUCUCGCCCGCAGCUGUGCAACUAAUGCCACCAAAAUUACUAAAUGUAUCGCACACUUGCUUAACCCUCUCGCGCACGAUGAAGCGUUUAGCGUCAUCAAAGGCGAAACGCGUCAUAAAAGUUAAAAAAAUAUUAAAAAUUAAGUUUUUUGUGAAAGUGCAUCAAAUAUGGGAGCUCCAUUUGUUGGGAUAAGUUUCUUAAUGGUAACAUAUGGCAACCUUUCUAAGAAGCGUAGAUGAGGAGCUUUGAGCGAUUUUUAGCUGUUAGCCUACUCUGACGGGAAAGGAAAAAAAUACAGUUUUCUCGGGGUAACUCGGGAACUAAUAGGUGUAUGAGGAUUUUGAGGAUACCAUAAGAAUCCUCACUAAAUUCAGCUUCGAAACAUAUAUUCAGCUAAAAAAGUUGGCCCACAAAAUUUCGAGCUAGCGAGUGGGGAAGAGUUGGCACUUAUGAUUUAUUGUCUACAAUACUUUAUACGGAGACUUGAAAGAAGUUUGUAUUGUUUAUACAUAUAUAUUUUCCUCUAUUUUUAUUUGCGCAUGUUCUAGUACAAGUCUUUAUGAAGCCAUUGAUACUAAAUUUAUUGGGGUACGAUAUAUCUGUGAGGGUAAAAUACGUCUGGGAAUGUGGAGUAUCGCGGCGGCAAAAAAAGGCCAGUCGGGCUUGAGAAAUCCAUGAUGAGUGGAACAGAAACUUAUUGGAAACUUACGGUGUGCGAGAGGGUUAAUGGAUUUCAGUGUCUGGUGCGUAUUGACUCUAUAUUUACGUGUGUAUCGAAGUCUUUGAACUGCUGUGGACAAGUUAAAAUGAUGGCGUCUCUCACUGGAUACAACUUCAUCAAUUAAAACUGUAUCAGAACUGUCA